CACUCUCUUUCCAUGUCUUUCUCCCUUCUGCGUGUGAGGACUCUGUGACAGCUUUUUCUGCUGCUUGUAGCGAAGGGCUGAAAGGGAGUGAACACGCGGCUGCUUGUAAUACAAACUCAAGCUGAGUUGAAUACGCAGCUGAGCAGUCAUUGGACGGGACUCUUCUCAGUUUGGGCUGCAACGUUUGAUGCCGUCAGUUCUGGACUAAACUUCCCAAGAAGUGUGUGAUGCUGUAAGAGAACAGCUUUGAGACUUCUAUGACACAAAGACCCAAGAUAUUUUGAGGACACCAUAACCAAAGUGAGAAGCUUGAAACAGUGCACAAUGAGGAGGAACUGAUUACUUUAUAUGGUCAGAAAACAUAGGACAAAGCCAGGAUGAAUGUAAAAAGGAAGGAGAUGGAUUUCUUAAGCAACACUAUUGCUGCUUAUGCUCACAUUAAAGCCAAUCCAGAGAGUUUCGGCCUUUACUUUGUCAUCGGCGUCUGUUUCGGCCUGGUGCUCACUCUCUGCCUCCUGGUCAUCCGGAUUUCCUGCAAGCCUCGGACCACUACAGCGCCCCCCACGCCAGAGAAAAAACAGCUGAAAGACUAUAGUGAGGAGGAGGAAGAAGACGAGGAGAGCGAAGAUGAAGAGGAAGAAGAUGCAGGAGGCCUGGACUCCACCAUCCGGCACAGCACCACGGAGAUCCCAGUGUGCAACCAUCUCGUCACGCCGGACGGGACACUGGGCAGGAACGUGUUCACCUCAGCCGAGGAGCUGGAGCGGGCACAGCGAUUGGAGGAAAGGGAGAGGAUCAUCAGGGAAAUCUGGAGAAACGGACAGCCGGACAUCCUGGGAACAGGCACGGGCACUAUUGGAAGAGUGCACUACUACUAACACUCCUUGACCUUUCACUGCAGAAAGACUGUUCAUGGACAGUAUUUUUUCAUACUGAUGUUAAUGUAAUCCUACAGACCACGGGUACAGCUGUUCUGUAUGCAACACUUGGACCUAAGUUAUGGUGCUUAUUGAAAAGUCAUUUUAAAGCACAGUCUUAGACUUUGACGUCUCAUUUGAUCAUUAGAAGCUCCCGGAAAGCGAAUGCACUUUUGCACCAUGCCAUUUGUGUAUAGAUUUUUUUCUUGAUAUUUUUGUAUUUGUUUUUUAAAGUUCUUUGUGUCAAAUCAUGCAAUAAUUCAUAGACUAUAAAGCUACAAAGGCAAUAUACGCUGCUGUUCAAAAGUUUGGUAUUAUUAUUAUUAUUAUUAAGAAUUUAAAGAAACUAAUACUUUUAUUCAGCAAGGAUGUGUCAAAAUUGCUAAAAAACAUACGAAAGACGUUAGAAAGGAUUUCCAUUUUGAAUAUGCUGUUCUUUUUACUCUAAAAAAGUAUCACAAAUUCCAGUUAAAUAAAUAAAGAAUAAGCAUAACUACUGUUUAUAAUAUAGAUAAUAAAUCGGCAUAUUGAUAAUGAGAUCUUGAGUAACAGCUGAUAAAAAAAUCAGCUUUAUAUCGCAGGAAUAAAUUAUAUGUCAAAGUAUAAUAAAAUAGAAAACUGUUGUUUUAAAUUGUAAUAAUAUUUCCUGAUAUUACCGUUUUCUCUAUAUUU